AUGCCCAUCCAGAUCUUUUGUUCUGUGUCAUUCUCUUCUGGAGAGGAGGCACCAGGGCCUCUGGAAGAUGUUUGGGGUCCCCACCAUCACCAGCAGCAGCGGGACAACUCGGAAUCAGAAGAAGAGGAAGAGAAGGAAAAGGAGUCAGCGAGGAAGGCGGCCGACGAGGGGGAUUCGCCUGUGGACUUGGUGGCCUUUGCCAACAACUGUACCCUCCACGGUGCCAGCCACGUCUUUGUGGAGGGGGGCCCAGGGCCAAGACAGGCCCUGUGGGCAGUGGCCUUUGUCCUGGCACUGGGUGCCUUUCUGUGUCAGGUAGGGGACCGCGUUGCCUAUUAUCUCAGCUACCCACACGUGACUCUGCUUGACGAGGUGGCCACCACGGAGCUGGCCUUCCCGGCCAUCACCCUCUGCAACACCAACGCCGUGCGGUUGUCUCAGCUUAGCUACCCCGACUUGCUUUAUCUGGCCCCCAUGCUGGGUCUGGACGAAAGUGACGACCCUGGCGUGCCUCUCGCUCCACCAGGGCCGGAGGCCUUCUCCGGGGAGCCCUUUAACCUGCACCGCUUUUACAAUCGCUCCUGCCACCGGCUGGAGGACAUGCUGCUCUAUUGCUCCUACCAAGGGGGGCCCUGUGGCCCGCACAACUUCUCCGUGGUCUUCACUCGGUAUGGAAAGUGCUACACAUUCAACUCCGGCAGAGAUGGGCGGCCACGGCUGAAGACCAUGAAAGGUGGCACAGGCAACGGGCUGGAAAUCAUGCUGGACAUCCAGCAGGACGAGUACCUGCCUGUGUGGGGGGAGACUGAUGAGACGUCCUUCGAAGCGGGCAUCAAAGUGCAGAUCCACAGCCAGGAUGAGCCUCCUUUCAUCGACCAGCUGGGCUUUGGCGUGGCCCCAGGCUUCCAGACCUUCGUGGCCUGCCAAGAGCAGCGGCUCAUCUACCUGCCCCCGCCCUGGGGCACCUGCAAAGCUGUUACCCCGGACUCGGAUUUCUUCGACUCCUACAGCAUCACCGCCUGCCGCAUAGACUGUGAGACGCGCUACCUAGUGGAGAACUGCAACUGCCGCAUGGUGCACAUGCCAGGGGAUGCCCCAUACUGCACCCCAGAGCAGUACAAGGAGUGUGCAGAUCCUGCUCUGGACUUCUUGGUAGAGAAGGACCAGGAGUACUGCGUGUGUGAAAUGCCCUGCAACCUGACCCGCUAUGGCAAGGAGCUGUCCAUGGUCAAGAUCCCCAGCAAAGCCUCAGCCAAAUACCUGGCUAAGAAGUUCAACAAGUCUGAGCAGUACAUAGGGGAGAACAUCCUGGUGCUGGACAUUUUCUUUGAAGUCCUCAACUAUGAGACCAUUGAGCAGAAGAAGGCUUAUGAGAUUGCAGGGCUCCUGGGUGACAUUGGGGGCCAGAUGGGGCUGUUCAUCGGAGCCAGCAUCCUCACGGUGCUGGAACUCUUUGAUUACGCCUACGAGGUCAUUAAGCACAAGCUCUGCAGACGAGGGAAGUGCCAGAAGGAGGCCAAAAGGAGCAGCGCGGACAAGGGCGUCGCCCUUAGCCUGGACGAUGUCAAAAGACACAAUCCGUGCGAGAGCCUUCGGGGCCAUCCUGCCGGGAUGACGUACGCCGCCAACAUCCUACCUCACCAUCCGGCCCGAGGCACGUUUGAGGACUUUACCUGCUGAGCCCCGCAGGCCACUGUACCAAAGGCCUCGAUGGGGAGGGCUAGGAGAGCGAGGGGGUCGCCAGACGCCCCCCAACACUUGCCCUGGGGACGCGCCCCCCCAACUCCUGGACAGCCUUUCCUCGUGUCUGGUGAGGAAGGAGUCUUGACCCUAGAGUCCUCUCCCUGCCUCUAUCCCAUUCUUUUUAUUUUUAAUGAAACAAAACUAAUCUAAAAAAGAAACUGAAAAGAGAGAACGGGGCAAGGGACCUCAGGCUGCCGUCUCUCCUCCAUGCUGCCUCCCCUAGCUCCCAGCCUGAAUUCUGUCUGUCUGUCAUCUGAGUGUCCGCCUACAUUCUGCUGCCACCAGUCACCAAAGCCCCCUCCUGGUUAGGAGUGGAGGGGAUCCCUGGGGUCUGGAAUUUGGCCCCAAACCAGAGAAUGUACCUUAAGGGGGAGGGCUAAUGAGGGGGCUUCCCCAGCCUUAAGAGACCCUCUCAGCCCAGUGACUGCCCCCAAACCCUAGUCUCCAGGCAGGAACAAGAACCCCAGUCCCACUCUCUCAUGCCAUGUGGAAUGUCUAGGGGGUGGGGGAUCCCCUGAAGAAGUGGAGAUGGGGACAAGGUGCUGUAGGCCACAUCCUGGUACCUAUGAGUUCACCCUCACUGUAGAGCUGCUGGAGAAAAAUCCCAAGAGGCAGCCCUCCUCUCCUAUUCUGUAAAAGACCUAGCUGGUUAGCUUCCAGCUUAGGGAGAGGGGCACUGGUGCCUGACCUCACUGGUCCCUCUCCCAGAGGCCCCAAAGAGGGCCACAUCCAUAAAUUUUCUUAUGGAACUCUCCCAAGUCCUCUUCCCCAGUUUCAUUUGCUUCUCUCAACGACCUCAUCUGCAUUUUCUAUUUCUAUAUGAUACAGACUCUAUAUUGCUAUAUCUCUGUAUAUACUUCCCCUAACCUUGUCUGUCUCCACCCCAUCCCCUCUUGUCUCUGAGAACAUCCCCUCCCCACACAAGUUCCCCUUCUGUGUUCCUGUCCCUCCCCCGGUCUCUGAAUGCCUUCGCCUGUAUAAAGAGUUGGACUCUC